AUAGAUUAUUUGAAAAAUUGUUAUUCCAACUUGUACAAAUUCAGCUGAGAUAAUCGGAACUAUGCUGAUAUUAAGCUUUGGCACUGGAAGUGUAGCUCAGGCUGUUUUGUCGCAUAAAGAAAAUGGAAAUAUGUUCUCAAUUAAUGUUGGAUGGGGGGCAGGGGUAGUUCUUGGUAUCAUGGCUUCAGCUCCUAUAUCAGGUGCACACCUGAACCCUGCAGUAACCAUUGCCCUAGCAGUUGUAAAUAAAUUCCCCUGGAAAAAAGUUCCCCACUACAUGAUCUCCCAAUAUAUUGGAGCUUUUAUAGGCGCCGCUAUUACUUUGUUGACUUAUAGAGAGGCAAUUGUGAACUUUUCCGGUUCAGAACUUCAGGUGCUUGGGGAGAACGGGACAGCUGGGAUCUUUGUAACAUUUCCCAAUAAUGGGAUUUCAAACUUGUCGGGAGCCAUUGAUCAGAUUGUAGGAACAGCACUACUAUUGAUCUGUGUACUGGCCAUAGGUUUGCCUGGUAACAAUAAUGUAUCCAAGUCCCUUGGUCCACUGCUGGUUGGUUUAACAGUUGUUGCUAUCGGAGCAUGCUUCGGACACAAUGCAGGGUAUGCUAUAAACCCAGCACGCGACUUUGCUCCACGCGUUCUUCUUUCUAUUUCCGGUUGGGGAACAGAGAUCUAUACAGCUAAACAAACAUGGUGCUGGAUUCCUAUGGUGUUUUGCCAUAUUGGAGGUAUCCUAGGAGCUCUUCUAUAUUACUGGGGAAUAGAAGUCUGGCAGAAUAAAAAGUCUAAUAACCAUGAAGGACCUGACAGCUUAGUUCUCGAGAAAGCAGAAGUUUGAGUUUUUAUACAAUUUGUAAAUACAAAUAUUUAUAUUGGUUAACAGUUUGUUUAGUCUUAAACCUUUAUUAAUAACUAGGCUUUUAGGGCGCUUUGCGCACAUCUUCUAUUUCAAUUGUGAACAUGUUCUCAUUGUAACAUUGUAAA